AUGUGGAAAGUAUGUUGGAGCAAAGGAGAGGAGCAAGAGAAGCUCAAGGAAGAAUGUACUCAAAUCCCGAAAAUUCUUGAGAGUACACUUUCGGGCAAGAAGUUCUCUGGGCCGGGUGAGACUAUUGGAAUGGUUGAUGUCACUCGCAAUUUCGUGGCAUAUUGGUUUGGAAUUCUCCAAGAAUUGGCAGGACUGCAAGUAUUCACAAAAGAGAAAUUUCCCAAUGUAGGUGAAUGGAUUGAUGAAUUCCAUAAUUGCAGUAUUACAAAGGAAAAUCGACCUCCCAAAGAUAAGUUAGCUGCGCAUUUUCAAGCUCGUUUUCGAGCUGUUGCUGCUUCCAAAUGA